ACAGACGAAGCAUUCAGACAUCAAACCCAAGAAGAGCACCAUCAUGGCAACACUCCCCUGCUCAACUUGCCUAUCGACAUGGUAAAAGCCUUCCCCAUUGACUACAUGCAUCAGGCAUGCUUGGGUGUCAUGAAAAAGCUUCUCCUCAUCUGGAGCAGAGGAGAGAAAGGUUGUAGAAUGUCUGUGACACAAAUACAGGAGGUGAGCAGCAGGCUUCUUCACCUUAAACCUAAAAUUCCCUCCAUCUUCUCCCGCAAACCACGAGGUCUUGAAGAGCUGGAAAGUUGGAAAGCCACGGAAUUCCGGCAGUUUAUGCUGUACACUGGUAAGGUGGUGCUGAGGGGAAUCCUGAGGGAUGACCUGUACCUCCACUUCUUGUCCUUCAGUGUGGCGAUGUGCAUUUUAGUGAGCUCUACGACUCUCAAGCAGUAUUCACAAUACGCUCAACAACUACUGCAGUACUUUGUUGUGAGUGGACGGGAGCUUUAUGGCAAGACGUUUCUUGUGUACAAUACGCACACAAUGCUCCACAUAACUGCAGAUGCCGUUUUGUUCGAUGGGUUGGACAACUGCAGUGCCUUUAAAUUUGAAAGUUUCUUGCACACCAUGAAGAGGAUGGUGAGGAAUGGAAGAUGCCCCCUUUCCCAGGUGGUGAAGAGGAUUGAGGAGAGAAAAGAAGAACCCCUGCAAGUGCAAAAACAGAAAAUUACAAAUAGCCCAAAGGACAGAGCGUUCGUGCUGGAUAGUGAGGAAGGCUGCGAUGUCAUUGAUGAGACAGAAAAAAAUGGGUGCCACCUGUGCCGUGUAUAUGGUAAUCCGCAACCACUGUUUUUGGAGCCUUGUAACUCAUCCAUCAUUGGAGUGUUUCAAUACAAGAACACAACCACAACAAUGAGAUGGAUUCCCUGCGAAACAAUAAAGAGUAUCGCCAUGAAGACACAAAUGGGGGAUAAAACGAUCUUCAUGAAAAUCUUACACAAACUAUGAAAUGUACUACAUUGUAGAAUUCCUUGAGGAAAACCUGGUGGGAAUAGUGGCCCAGUGAUGGACCUAUGAAGAAAAUGAGCAACAAUACAGCUACUGGCCACCAUCCAACCCGACCAAAAGGGCAAAAAAACAGGAGAUCCCGGAUGAGGAGCUGUGGAUCAGCAGAAGAGUCCGGAUCUUUGCGGCAACUGGUGAUUUUGAGAGAGCACUCAGAUGGAGCAAGACAGCUGAGGACAAGUCUGCCGUCGAAACGGAGGAGGACCAACCGAGAAAAAAGAAAAGACCUAACAAAUUUGGAGACAGCAGUGAAGAUGAGGGUUCAUCAUGGGAAGUUGAGCCGAUGAAAAAGA